AUGGAUCCCGACCAGCAGCAAAAGGAUAUCUUUUCCUCCUUCUUUCCUGAACAGCAGCAGCAACAAUACUCUGGAACCAUUCCCAUCCCGGCUUCCCCCGUCUACAAUGGUUUCGCCCCAAGCUCACCUCAGAGUGCCAAUAGUCAACUCGCGAUGAGCAUGCUCUUGAUGCAGAUGCAAGGUCUGGGGGAUGUGAAUAACUCUACCCUUCCACCCCAUCAGCAGCAGCAGCAACAGCAGCAAGGAGUCUAUCAACCUCCCAACCAACAAAAUGCUCAACAACUUGUUCUUGAGCAUCAAUUCAAACUUACCCAGCUUCAGCAGCUUCAACAGCUCCAGAAUACAAUCCUGCAGCAUCAGGUGCAGGGGAUCAGCAGCAGCAACAACAACAACCGUCCUCCUUUGGAUUACCCACACCUGGUACAUUCCUCUGCCUUUCUUAUCUCGAAUAGGACUCCAAUUCUUUUCUUAGGACCCUCGACUGAAUUGCGCCCCCUCCAGACCUCCAUGGAUUUUUCUCCCAUCAACAUUGGUUAUUCAAUGACGGAACCCCAGUCUGCAUCUUCGUCCCAUCACCCUUCUCCAUCUCCACAGUUUCCUCCACAAAAUUCAAAUAACAACAACUAUGGGCACCAUACCCCCUCUGAUGGAUCGUAUUCUCCCAUGCCAGGCGGACUGAGCGGACAAUAUGACAUGCACGCCCACAACCAACACCAGGUACAACAUCACCAACACCAACCCCAAUUCUACCAUCAGCCCGGCACUAACUCUGCUCCCGAACAUAUUGCGUUCAGACGCCGGAGUCCCAAGGAUGUUGAUUUAGAUAUAUCGCCGCUUACUAGCCCAUGGCUUGGUGCGCAUCAACACCAUUCUCAACAACCGCAUCAGCAACAGCAGCAACUUCAAGGCUUUGCAACGACAAACUCAAAUAAACGUACCGCUUCUUCAAGUGGUGAUGAGUCGUCCUCCCGACCCUCGCGCAAAAAGCAAUCACCUGCGAUAAGGCCGACGUUAGCUGGCGCAGGACCUCUCUCUGCUGGUUCCAAUUCGGGUGGCGCUUCGGUUUCACCCACCAAUAAGAGGUCUUCUUAUCGAACCUCGAAAUCCACGACUUCUACACCUUUGCUAAGGGGUUCGCGCUCGAGGCGUGGAAGCACAAUUGGGACGGGCAUGGCUGGGGAGGUGGUAGGUGAUACGCCAUCACCUGUGGAUCUAUCAAUGCCACCCCCCGCUCCGCCUCCCAGUUCAGAUCACCCUGAAGGCGGAAAUAACAGCAACAUGGACAUGAUGGAGGUGGGUGGGAUGAUGAUGAUGGAGAUGGGCGGUGGAGGAGGGGGUGGAGGGGACAUGAUGGGCUUUGAAGGAAUGGGGGUGGAAGCAAGGCUAAUGCCUGUGACGCCAGCCAGUAUCAUGAACCUGGGAAGGUUGGGGCUCAAUACCAAUGUCAACGCGGGAAACGGCAACAAUAAUGAAGCCUCCCAAGUUUCGACUAUUUCUGGUAACAGCGUGCAGCCCACCCGGCAGAGUAGAUCGGCCGUAGCCGGUAUGGGGAAGUUGAAGUUGGCCACUAGUGAACGUGGUGGGAAAGGAUCAAGGGGAGGUGGACGAGGUCCUGCUUCCGCACUGAUAAGCCCAAGCUUAAAACCAAUAUUACCCGCAGGGUGUACAGAUACUCCAAUGUCACCCACCACACCUGCCACAGCAGGAGGGACACCUCCGCUUCAGGUCCGCAAAACUUCGCACAAAGCUGCCGAACAAAAACGCCGGGACUCACUCAAAACCACGUUUGAUGACUUGCGUGGGCUUCUCCCGCCUAUAUCACUCCCGGAGCUCCCCUCGCCCACGGACGACCCGAAUAACCCCGUGCCCGCACGCCCACUUCUGCCUGGAGCCCUGCCUCCCAGAGGACCACCCAAAGCUGGCGGGGAGGGCCCGAAUAAGGGUGUUAGCAAGCUCCAGCUUCUCAUCUGCGGGAAUGAUUACAUUCGGGCGUUGAAAGGUCGCGUCGAGCGGAGGGAUGUAGAGAUUGUGAAGCUGAGGAAGGAGGUAAGGAUGUUGAGAGAACGCCUUGGUGUCGAGGCGGAUGGACAACUGGAACAGGAUAUGUGCGAUUUGGAGAAUGAUCUGGAUGCUUGCGAAAUUGGGAAAAGUGGCCAAGCACAAAUGAGAGUGGGCGGUUCUGGUUCGGUUGUAGGGGAUGAUGAAGAUGACGAUGGGGAUGAUUAGGGUCUUUCUUCCUCAGGCGCUUCUUCUCCGAUGCCUUUGAGCUUUGAUGGCACACGACCACAUUGAAUUGGGCUCAUCGCCUCGAUCCUUCCACAUGUAUUGCUUACCAGAGCCUGCCCCCUUCUUUUAUGGUGUAUA